AUGGCUGUCAACUACCGACACGGUCUCUCCAUUCUGGAGCUGAUCGUAUACCUGCCCACCCUCUUCAUGGCGCUGUGGAUGGCCUUCCGCCAUGGCUUCCAACGCAACUCCGGCUGGAUCUUCCUGGUCAUCUUCUCCCUGGCCCGUAUCGUCGGCUCCUGCUGCUACCUGGCCACUAUCAACGACCCCUCCUCGAUAGACCUGUACCUCGCCUGGGCAGUCUGCAUGUCAAUCGGCCUGUCCCCGCUGACCUUGACCUGUGUUGGGCUCUUGUCUCGAGCUAACGACUCCAUCCGACGAAAGACCAGUCGAGGCAUCCACCCGCUUCUGUUCAAAAUUGUUGGCCUCCUCACCCUGGUGGGCCUGAUCCUCUGCAUUGUCGGCCAAGUUCAAAGCAUGGGCAGUCUCCCAGCGAGCAUGCCCAUCAGCACCAAGACCAAGGUUGGCUAUGUUCUGUUCAUCGUUGCCUGGACGGGCCUGUCGGUCCUCCUCGUGGUCCUCGCGUGCAAGCGUCAGAGCAUCGAGGAUGGCGAGCACCGCUUGCUGCUGGCCGUUGGACUCACCGUCCCGCUGCUUCUGGUGCGUCUCAUCUACUCCCUUCUGGGGGCCUUCGGGCACAGCACCACGUUCAGCAUGAUGUCUGGAAACGUCACGGUCGAGCUGGUCAUGUCCGUCCUGGAAGAGAUUUUCAUCGUUCUCAUCUGCCUUGGCGUGGGUGUCACCUUGGAGGUGCGUCCCCGCGUGACGGGCUAUGAAGCCUGUGAGGCAGCUCAGGCGGAUCGCGCUCUUGAGUGUUCGCAGAGUCCGGAGGAGGGGCCCUACAGGCCCGAGAAUAAGGAACGCAUCAGGAAGAAGAGACGGGGUGGUCCUAUUACCCAGCUGGUUGGGCUUGCGCUUGAUGAGAUUAAUUAUCGGCGGAAGUGA